UCUAGACCAGAUCCUGGACGUUCUGACAAGGCCAGGAUUUAGGCCUCCAGCACAGUCGCCGUUGCCGUUAACGGCAAUGUCAGGCCCCUUUCCAGCACAAGCUGGCACACAGCCAAGUGGCACGUCUGCAGCAGCUGCACAGACUGUUGCAUCUUCUUCUUCGGGUCCAGCGGUGGUUGCUACACCACAGCAACAAUUUGUUCCGCAACAGGGACAGCCACAGAGUCAAUGGUUUCCUAAGACCCCAAUGAAACCGCCUCUUGCCUUCUCAGGCGUGAGAAAGGACGAAGAACUCAACACUUGGUUGAGAACAGUCCCGGUUUGGGUGAAGGCAAAGAGGACCUUGCUGGAGGACGAAGUGGUUACUGGUGCAUCUUACCUUGAGGGUAAGGCAACCGAAUGGCUAGAUGGUGUAGUUGUGAAGGCCGGGUACGGACGACGUAUGGUGGACUGGGCUAAGUCACUUACGUUAGACCGGUUCAUGGAGAUGGUAGAAGCUCGAUGGCAUAAUCCACAGGAGGCACAAAGAGCCACCGAUGCGAUCAAUAGACUAGACCAACGAAAGUUCAAGUCAGUCAGAGAGCUUACGACUACCGUGGAGAGCCUGAUCGUCGUCCCUGGCAUCAACUACAGUGACCAGUUCGUGUUAACUACGUUUGUUAGAUGUCUUCCAGAGAACAUCAAGAACUUGCUGGCCAGCGAGGCCCGCCUCGAGUACCAUUCGUUUGAAACAUUGUCUAGGAAAGCCUUAGAUUUGGAGUCCAAUCUAGGCAAUGCUCAACCCUCCCAGAAUGACACGAAGAAGAAGAAGAGUCCGCAGGAGUAAACAGAGAUCGAUGAGCUCACCGACCUGCUGGACACUUCAGAGUACGACGGUGAGGAGGUAGCUGAGGGUAGCACCCUCGCCGUAGUAGUUAAGGCUAAGGCUGGUGGCCGAGUGAAGGGUCAACCAAAGAGUCAAGGGAAGGCCGCCUCCAAUCAGACCAAAGUGGCUGAUUGGGUGAAGGCAGGUAGAAGUGUGGCGGGACCGCCGAGUGCAAGGUGCUUGUAUCAACUGUGGUGAAUACAGACACACCCAGUACAAGUGCCAGAACG